GGCUCUCUCCUCGGGCUCCGCGCCGUGUCCGUUGCCGCACGGAGUCCUUCCGGGCUCCUGCCACAGGGACGGUGAGCGGGGGUGCCCGGCGGAGCCAGGCCUGCGAGACCCGCCCUUCCUGCCCGGUUUUCCAGACCCCCGCUGAUGCGGCCGGGCAGGCAGUGUGAGCACGUUGUUCCCUCAAGACAGCCUGAGUUCGGCCUUUCGCCGUGUCAUGCUGCCAGGGUCAUACCCGCAGGAUGUCCCAAACGGAGGGUUCUCUAAUGAUCUUGUUUCACCAUGGCAACCAAUGUGGAGGUGCUGGCUCAGCAGGUAGUGGAGACUCAGCGGGUGGCUGAGGUGCAGACUGUUCAGACUUCACUAUCUGAAUCUCCAGUGAUGACCAGUCCUUCCCAGCGUAUCCAGAUAAUUUCCACAGACUCCUCUGUAGCUUCACCACAACGCAUUCAGAUUGUGACAGAUCAGCAAACAGGUCAAAAAAUCCAAAUAGUGACAGCAGUGGACUCAGCUGUGUCUCCAAAGCAACAGUUUAUUUUAGCCAGUCCAGAUGGAACUGGUGCAGGAAAGGUGAUAUUGGCAACACCUGAGACAUCUAAUGCCAAACAGCUUAUCUUUACCACCACAGACAACAUCGUGCCAGGCAGAAUUCAGAUAGUGACAGACUCUGCUUCAGUGGAACGUUUGCUGGGAAAAGCUGAUGUUCAGCGGCCCCAGGUAGUAGAAUAUUGUGUAGUUUGUGGCGAUAAAGCAUCAGAAUAUUUAAACUCUGCUUGGAAGAAUAUUAGUUUGUACUUCAACUGGACUAUGAUAAAUUGGCAUGUUCUGAAAGACAGUGAUGAUUUAAUAGAUCUUGGUCGUCACUAUGGUGCUGUCAGUUGUGAGGGAUGCAAAGGUUUCUUUAAAAGGAGUGUGAGGAAGAAUUUGACCUACAGUUGUCGUAGCAACCAGGACUGUAUCAUCAAUAAACACCAUCGGAAUCGCUGCCAGUUUUGUAGGCUUAGAAAAUGUCUAGAGAUGGGCAUGAAAAUGGAAUCUGUUCAAAGUGAAAGAAAGCCUUUUGAUGUGCAGCGUGAAAAACCAACCAACUGUGCGGCUUCCACUGAGAAAAUCUAUAUCAGGAAAGAUCUUCGAAGCCCACUAAUAGCAACUCCAACAUUUGUGGCAGAUAAAGAUGGGACGCGGUCAGCAGGUCUUCUUGAUCCAGGAAUGCUUGUAAAUAUUCAGCAGCCUUUGAUCAGGGAUGAUGGUACGGUCCUCCUAGCUGCUGACUCCAAGGGUGAAACAAGCCAGGGUGCUUUAGGAACAUUAGCAAAUGUUGUAACGUCUCUUGCUAAUCUCAGUGAGUCACUAAAUAAUGGAGACACUUCUGAAGUUCAACAAGAAGAGCAAUCUGCAAGUGAGAUUACACGGGCAUUUGAUACUUUGGCUAAAGCACUUAAUACCACAGACGGUACAGCAGCUCAUAACUUGGCAGAUGGGAUGGAUCCUACAGGAGGAGGGAAUAUUCAUGUAAUCAGUAGAGAUCAGUCAACACCAAUUAUUGAAGUGGAAGGACCCCUACUUACCGAUACACAUGUCACGUUUAAGCUGACAAUGCCCAGUCCGAUGCCGGAGUACCUUAAUGUACACUACAUCUGUGAGUCAGCAUCACGACUACUUUUCCUCUCUAUGCACUGGGCUAGGUCCAUACCUGCAUUUCAAGCUCUUGGGCAGGACUGUAAUACAAGCCUUGUGCGUGCCUGCUGGAAUGAGCUAUUUACCUUAGGCCUGGCACAGUGUGCACAGGUGAUGAGUCUGUCUACUAUCCUGGCAGCUAUUGUCAACCAUCUCCAGAACAGCAUACAAGAAGAUAAACUUUCUGGAGACAGAAUAAAGCAAGUCAUGGAACACAUCUGGAAACUCCAGGAGUUCUGUAACAGCAUGGCCAAGCUUGAUAUUGAUGGAUAUGAAUAUGCAUACCUUAAAGCUAUAGUCCUCUUUAGCCCUGAUCACCCUGGUCUGACCAGUUCAACCCAAAUAGAAAAAUUCCAGGAGAAGGCACAGAUGGAAUUACAGGACUAUGUACAAAAAUCCUAUCCAGAAGAUACUUAUAGGCUAGCCCGGAUUCUAGUUCGCCUUCCAGCACUUCGGCUGAUGAACUCUAGCAUCACCGAGGAACUGUUUUUUACUGGUCUCAUUGGAAAUGUUCCCAUUGACAGCAUAAUACCCUACAUUCUUAAAAUGGAAACCGCAGAAUAUAAUGGUCAAAUAACUGGCACGUCUGCGUAGUGGGAACAACGCAAUGAGAUGGAUCAAAGUAGUUUUCACAAAAACAUAGAAUUAUGAAGCUAAAAGAAUAGCGUUUUGGUAUGUACAACUGUUUUCAACUUGUUACCAGUUUCCUGUCAGGUUUCUCCUUGUCUGUUUGCUGACAUUGACAACAUUUAAGCAGCUAUUAAAAGACCUGCUAUAGGACCUUUUCUGCCACAAGGAAUAUUUUUGAUGCCUUUCAUUUAAAAGGCUAUAGAUUACUGAACAUACUUUUCACAUGCUUUGUAUUUAGAAAUUAGUGGUGGUUAAAGAGAGUUUUAUAAUAUCAGAGAUUAAUAGUAAAAUUACUUUAAAAGUAAAAAGAACAGUAUGUAUAUAUUUAAAAGUAUCCUUGGAAUUAAUAUCUAAUAAAUGCCAGGGAAUAAUACUA